AUGUGUGUUCUUAUUCAGGGACUUUCAUUGGAUUUAGAUCAGAGAGAAGGGCCCAGUAAAUAUUUGCUAAUUGGUGGCCCUAUCCCCAUCCCCUCCCCUCGCCCUGCUCUGUGCCUACGUGACUGGGCCCCCAUAUCCAGCUCCCCUCUCUUGGCGUACCUUGUCCUCAACGCUCUCGAGUCUUUUUUAGAUUUGUCCAAGCCUCAGUCAACUUAUUGCUUUGACGAUAACAAAUAUGAGAACCUUGAAAGAAGUGAAGAUUUGAACUAG